AUGGAUGAAGGCGCUGCCUGCGAGACCAUCCCCGAUCUGAAAGACAUCGAGAUGAAAAUCGGCCGGAAGACCCCCGAGGGUUUGCUCAGGUGUCUGCGGGAAGAGGCUUCCUCUCUCCGGGGAGAUGCCAAGCUUGCGAGCGCGCACGACACCAGCAAGGUGACAGGGAAGAGGAGUUUGGAUGAAAAGAUCAGAAAACUGAGGAUGGAGAUGGCCCACUUGCGCUCUGUGGAUGUAAAGAUCUUGCAGCAGUUGCUGGCGGUGCAUGAAGGUAUAGAGGCGGUGAAGUGGCUGCUGGAGGAGCGCAGCACCCUGACCAGCCGCUGCAGCAGCCUCACCAGCAGCCAGUACAGCCUGGGUGAGGGCCCCGACACUUCCUGGAGAGGCUCCUGGAGCAGCCUGCAGGACCCCAAUGACAAGCUGGACAAUAUCUCCAUCGGCAGCUACCUGGACACCCUGGCAGACGACAUGGAUGAGUACUGCCCUUCCAGCUCAGAGUCGGUCAUCUGCACCACAACACCACUGGUUUCAGAGGCUGUUGUUGGGGGCUGGACAGGAGGAGGCCCUGUGGCCCCUGUCACAGCAGCUGGAAUAGUUGUUCCUAUCAACAAAUCUGAGGGCCCCAAGCUCGAUGCUACUGUUUGGACGAAGGCUGCAGAGACAGGCAAGGAAAGCCCUGUUUCUAAGGACAAUACUCAGGCACAAUCAAUCAAAGUAAAUGGCGUUGUGGAAAAGCCAGGAGCACAAACAGGUAGCCCGACCCACAUCAGCCUCUCUGAGAAACUGGGAACCAGCCAAAGCCCCAAACUCAAACCCUAUAAAAAUGGAAAGAUUGAAUUGGAUACUUGCAAAAUGAAUGGCAAACUACAUAUGGAGUAUGAUGCUCAUUGGCGAUGGGUGCAGUCCCAAGAAGAUGUGACGUUUUUGUAACAAGGAUAAUAAGUGAGGGAAGUAAAUUCAGUUGAUCACUUAGAGGAAGAGUGAACUGCUGUUGUAAAAGGCAGAUACUGAAGCUUCCUGUGGUGAAAGACACUGGGUUUGAAAGACAAAGACUUAUGUCUUUUUUUAAUAUUAUCUCUCCUGUGACUGCACUAACCUUCUAUCAAACAUUGAUGUCAGUAUUGAGAUGAAUGCACAUUACAGGAUUUUACCAUCGUCGGCCAAACAUGGCUGCCUCACACAAACUUAGAGGAAAAGUUUAAAAAUCCUGUGUCAUAGUUUUUCUCAGGGUCUUUCUUGGCAUUCCCUGAUUUUAAUUUAUUUUUUAUUUUAUUUUAUUUCCCUUUGAAAUGAAGCACAGCAAAAUAAUCUUCAGAGAAAGAGUUAACAUUGCAAUGUGGUAUGCUGUACAAACCAUUAACAAUUACUUUCUCUUAUUUGCUGAGAAAAAUAAGUUCCACACAAAUAAGAUUUCCACAAAAAAGAUUGCUAAUUAUUUUAUAAAGUUGCAGUUGCUUUAUAAUGUUG